AGCAGGCGCUUCCGACACGGGACAGUGUUUUUCACUCUUUCAAAACCUGUCUGACAGCCCAGUCACUCGCUUCCUCUGGUCAAAUUGUCAACGGAUCCACCACUGGCUUGUUUCUCCUCUUCCUCCUCGCCAGCAUGAAGCACACCUUUGCGGCCGCGGCCCUUGCUGCCGCCAUGACGGCCGGCCUGGCAGUGGCGACGCCGUCCAAGAUGCCCGAGGACAUGCUGCAGACCACGCGCAUGAGAAAGAGGGCCAUCAAUGCCGACGGGGACUUUCACAUGUCCUUCUUCCACAUCAACGACGUGCACGCGCACCUCGACGAGUUUGCGUCGUCGGGCUCGGACUGCACGAACCCGUCCCGGGGCUGCUGGGGCGGCUACGCGCGCAUCAAGCACACGAUUGACGAGCUGCGGCCGCAGCAGGAGAGCUCGCUGUGGCUGAACGCGGGCGACGAGUUCCAGGGGACGCUCUUCUACUCGUACUACAAGGGCGAGAAGAUUGCCGAGACGCUCAACCAGCUGGGCUUUGACGCCAUGACGCUCGGCAACCACGAGUUUGACGGGGGCGACGACGAGCUGGGCGAGUUCCUGCUGAACCUGACGUUCCCGGUGCUGUCGGCCAACAUUGUGUCGACGCACCCGGCGCUCAACCAGACGAUCCUGCCGUACCACAUCUACGAGGACCUGGGCGUGGCGGUGAUUGCGUGCACGACCGAGACGACGGCGAGCAUCUCGAACCCGGGCGACGGCACGCAGUUCCUCGACGUCGUGUCGUCGGUGCAGCGGGCGAUUGACGAGAUCCGGGCGACGACCGACAUCAAGCGCAUCGUGGCGCUCACGCACAUUGGCUACGACGAGGACCAGCGCCUGGCCCGCGAGACGACGGGCCUGUCGCUCAUCAUGGGCGGGCACUCGCACACCAACCUCGGCACCAUCAACCCGGCCGUCUCCGAGGGUGCGUACCCGACGAUUGUCGAGAACGCGGCGGGCGACGAGGUGUUCAUCGUGACGGCGUGGCGCUGGGGCCAGUACCUGGGCUUCAUCGACGUCGUGUUCGACGCCGAGGGCCGGGCCGUCUCGUACACGGGCGGGCCGAUCAACAUGGACAACACGACGGCGCAGGACGAGGGGCUGCAGGCGCAGAUUGACGCGUGGCGUGUGCCAUUUGAGGAGUUUGCGGCCGAGGUGGUGGGCUACACCAACGUGGAGCUGGUGCAGGCGACGUGCCAGACGGCCGAGUGCACGCUGGGCAACGUCAUGAGCGACGCGAUCCAGGCCUACCGGUCGACCGCGGCCGACUUUUCGCUCAUCAACGCGGGCGGUAUCCGGGCGGCCAUUGACGUGGGCAACAUUACGCGGGGCGAGGUGCUGACGUCGUUCCCCUUUGGCAACGCCAUUGUCGAGUUCCCGAUGAGCGGCGCCGACGUGCUGCGCCUGCUCGAGGGCUGCGUGUCGCGCGUCAGCCAGUUCAACGGCAACCCCAUCACCUCGGGCUUCCAGGUCUCGGGCACCCUCAAGGUCCAGUACAACCCGGCCCAGCCCGCGGGCAGCCGCCUCGUGCGCGCCCUCGUCAAGGGCGUCGAGGUCGACCCGGCCGCCACGUACACGGUCGCCACGCUCGACUUCCUGGCCGGCGGCGGCGACAACAUCUUCCCCAAGGUGGCCAGCCCCGUUGUGCUCGACCUCCAGGCCGACGUCCUGACGCGCUACAUCCAGGCCGAGUCGCCCAUCGACAUUGCCAUCGAGGGCCGCAUCGAGACCGUCUCGGAGAUCCCUGGUGGUGGUGGCGGUGGUGGUGGCAGCAGCAGCACCAUCACGAGCUCGUCUGCCUCGGCUACUUCUUCUUCUUCGUCGAGCUCGUCUUCGGCCUCUGCCUCUGCCUCUGCCUCUGCCUCUGGCAGUGUCACCCUCUCGUCGUCGUCGUCGUCAUCGUCAUUGUCAUCGGUCUCCACCACAUCCGUGUCGUCAGUGCCGACUGCUGCUCCUACCAGCACUGGUGGCGUCUACCCGACCACGACCCGUGGAUGCAGACGCCGGCCGCGUCCCACUGCCAACUAGACGGUGGCUGCCAGGGAGGAUGUGGGUAGCUAUGAAGAAGCGACGUCAGGAGUGAGCCAGCAUAGCAGAUAAAGUAAUUGUAAUGAUGACAAGAGCGGUUCAAUCACUGUGGCGUUCCUGAUUAGUCGUGUGAGUGAGCUUGGCGAGUUGCACAAGUAAGAUGACCCGGCGACUUGAGUGAGAGUGAUCCUUGACAGGCGAUGGCAGCCACAGUGAAGUCAAG